AUGGAGAAGUUUCUGCAGAUCGCGCCUCACUCUCUGGCCAUCGUCCUGGGCCCGGCCGAGGGGCCAACGGCGGAGAGGUCCGGGGCCGCCCACCCCGCGCCCCCGGCCCAGCCCCGCCAGCUCGCCCGGCACCACAUCGGCUACGAGAUCUUCGCCGACUUCAAAGCCGAGAACAUGCAGCACUUCUGGAACAAGAAGGUCACGGCCGCGGUGGCCGAGACCUUCUUCCUGGGCUGGAUCGACGAGCAGGUCCUGCUGAUCCAGGGCAAGGAGGAGCAUCUGGAGGCGCUGCGCGAGGGCUGGACGCGCCGGGCGCUGCGGCCGCCCUCGGGCUUCCACAUCCGCUGCCUCGAAAGUUGCUCAAAAGCAGAAAACAUGGACCAAAGCGUUGAAAUUGUGACGAUACAUGAACAUUGUGUAGGAACAACUCUGCCUGGAGACCAUGAAUGAAAAACGUAGAGUAUGAGGAACUAAGGACUUUUUGAGUAUUAAUCAUAAAUAAGCUUACUUAAGGAAGAAAUAUAAGUGCAUGGAAUUCUUUAACAUUUGGAAUUACCAGCCUGCUUGUAUCCCUAGAGGUACUUGUGUGCUGGGUGACGCUGUCUUACUUCCUAACUUUGUGCAGCAUUAUCUUUGUAACCACUUACAGGUCUUGUAAAUGCUCUGUUACCUUAUUUCCAUUGUAACUGUGAUUGAAACAAGUUUUGUAAGAAUGAACAAUUCUUUGAACAAUUUGAGAUGUAAUUUUGUGUCCAGAGGAUUGAUGCUUUUGUGUAUUAUGAGUUUUCUUCACAAAGGCAUUAUCUUAUUAAUUUUAACCAACUCUGGAAUAGGCAUCAUAAGCAAGGAGGGAAAUAAUCACAACAGUAUCUUAAGUUUUCAUGUGCACAGAUUUUUAUGCACUAGAGCAGCGUGGAGGGGUCUGAUGCACAGUUAAAGCAUUCCUUUGUUGGGGGGACUGUGGUGACCUCCACUGCAUCCGAUGGACAUUCAUUAGGGUUUUCCUUUUCAUUCCCUCCCUAAGAGAAAGCUUAGUAGCAGGCAAGCAAAACCCCUAACCUAUGGAAACUGGUAUUUCACAUAUGGGAUGCUUCAGCCGAGGUAAAAAUCUGUCAUUUUUAAAAAAAAUUAUUAAUCCAGAAUUCCCCUAGUUAAUUUCAGUUCCCCGUGUAGACAUUGCUUUCUUGAAAGGCUGUCAUGAUUUCUUCAUCUGACUUGAAGGAGUUUCCAAUGGGGAGAAGACAAUGUCUUCUCGCCUUAUUUCAAACACCCAGGAAGCCGUAAAAAAGCCGCCUCCUUUAUUAGAUGAGGCCACGAUGCUUCCUUAGGGAUAUCGGAAGUUUGCUUGAAAGCUACUCUGACUGGGGUUGGUGGACAGGUCCACCAGGAUUUACAUUAAAAAAUGAAGAGUAGGCAUGUCAUUAUAUGUCAAUAAAAAUGCGGGGCGGGGGAGAAAUAGGCUUCUUUUGAAGGUAGACCUAGAAAUUGUGUUAGCCACGGCCAUCUAAAAUGUACUCUCAUCUCUUAGGUAUACGUAAGUUUUUACUCGGUUUGUGAGUUGCAUGCCUAUACACUAUUUUUUACAGAAAUACAGUAGUGUCCCAUCACCUCCAAAAGUUUCCUCCUGCCCUCUUUAUUAGUAUUUUGUGUCUGGGUGAUAAGAAUACUUAGCAUAAGAUCUACCCUCUCGGCAAAUUUUUAAGUAUACAGCACAGUGCCAUUAACCACAGGCAUAACGCUGUUCCACGGGUGUAUGCUUCUCUCUGACAUCAUCAAGUUGUGUACAUUAAAUACGUGCAGCCUUUUGUAGGUCAUACCUCCAUAAAGUGGUUAAAAUAUUUAAAAAUACUUUGAGAGUAGGCAUCUAAACCUGGGAGGAGAUUGACAUUUCAGCCACAUCCAAGCACAUUGUUCAUGGACUGUCUCACUAAAUUCAGGUGUGGUUGGAGCUGAGCUAGUAGGAUGUUGUUACUAUAUUCCCCAUUUUUCUCUUUCUUUCUUUCUUUCUUUCUUUCUUUCUUUCUUUCUUUCUUU